AUGUCAAAAAAUAAUACAACUUAUCAAAUACAAAGAUCUCAAUUUUUAUUUAGGGACAACAUACAGACUCCUUAUAUAACUAACCCAUUUGGAAAACACUUAUCUCAAUUUACAAAAACCGUAAAACCCCUAAGAGUAAAUCCUCAUUCUCGAGCAGAUGGACCUUUAAUAAGAUCUCAGCAAUUUAUUAGAACCCCUUCUCCCCAGAAAACCUUUAUUAAUUCUUAAUUUAAAAGUCUAAUGUUUUUAUGGACUACUCUUGGAGAUUCUGGGCUAGGAAGAGAGGGAAAGUACGGCCAUGCCCAAAUGGUGUUUACUUCUACCAUCCGACAAUGUCCAAAUGAUAACGAUAAUGAUUUUAUCAGAAAUUAUAUUUUUAGAUCAGACUGAGAUUUUAUCAGAAAUUAUUUGGGACAGCUCUUAGAAGGCAGAAGUAAUUUAACUAAAUUCAUUAAUUCUCUAAACCUUCUAUGUCAAGUUACCUUUCUUUGAAUUAUCAUCUAGGAAGACGCGUUCGGUACCUGUCUAGCCUCUGACUCAACCCAAUCUUGAUAAUUUUUUCUUUUGGAGUCUUAGGCAGCUCUUAGGUCCGUCGUGCGGUCAAAGGUUCUCCACGCCUUAGACUUGCGUUUCAAUGAUAGAAUUAAAUUUACUCGGGAUAAGACUCCAGCACUGCAGAUCUCUGGGCCUGGAUACUCUGCCUUUGUAGGACAAAUUCGCUGAGAGAAGCCAAACCUCAUAAUUAAAAUUGGACAAAGUGGAAUUUCUGUUCGGAAAAAGAAAAUUCGGGUGGCUCCAUAUUUUUAUUGUCUUGAAAUCCUUUAUCAGUUUUUCUCGCCAAGAGACAUUUGAAAUUUCUCCUUUCCAACGAUCUUAUUCUCGCACCAAUUCCACUCCACGAUUGAAGCGACCUCCAACCCAAACAAGUUUUUCAAUGACCAAACAGAUGUCCUUUCAAAGACUGCCAAGUCCUACAAGUAAAGAUUAA